AUGGCUGCGCAAACGUCCUCGGCCCCGGCCAAUGGGCAUGCUGCAUCGUCACCCGGCAGGCCCAUCAACGAUAUCCCCAAGACCUGGAACUUUACCUCCAAGCUGCCACCCGACUCCGAAUACCCAACGCCGGCCGACUCGCACAAGACUCCCCGCGACCAGAUUGGCCCCAGGCAAGUCCGCGAUGCCAUCUACACCUGGGUGCGCCCCGAGGGUGCCACGAACCCCGAGCUCCUCUCCGUCUCACCUGCAGCACUGAAAGACCUCGGCAUCGACGCAGAAACAGCGCGCAGUGAUCCGGACUUUCUCAACACCGUCGUGGGCAACAAGAUCCAGGGCUGGGACGAGGAAAAGGGCGAGGGCGGAUAUCCCUGGGCGCAACUAUACGGCGGCUUCCAGUUUGGUCAGUGGGCAGGCCAGCUAGGAGAUGGGCGGGCAAUCAGUCUGUUCGAGACCACCAACACCGAAGGCACGCGAUACGAGCUGCAGCUCAAGGGCGCAGGUUUGACGCCCUACUCGCGCUUUGCAGACGGCAAGGCAGUGCUACGCAGCAGUAUUCGCGAGUUUGUCGUCUCCGAGGCCCUGCACGCUCUGGGUAUUCCCAGCACGCGCGCGCUCAGCCUGGUGCUCACCCCGGACGUGCGCGUGCGACGCGAGACCCUGGAACCUGGCGCCAUUGUCUGCCGAUUCGCGCAGAGCUGGUUGCGACUAGGCAACUUUGAUAUUCUGCGCGCCCGAGGCGAGCGUGACACAGUGCGCAAGCUUGCGACCUAUAUUGCCGAAGAUGUAUUCGGGGGCUGGGAGAAUCUGCCCGCGAGGUUGGAAGACCCGGCUAGCGCCACCACAUCCCCGGAGCCGUCACGGGGUGUCCCAAAAGACGACAUUCAGGGACCCGACGACUAUGCCGAGAAUCGCUUUACACGGUUGUAUCGAGAAAUCGUGCGCCGCAACGCGCUGACGGUCGCAAAGUGGCAGGCCUAUGGCUUUAUGAAUGGCGUCCUGAACACGGACAAUACUUCAAUCUUUGGCUUGUCGAUAGACUUUGGCCCCUUUGCAUUCAUGGAUAACUUUGAUCCUGCGUACACGCCCAAUCACGACGACUAUAUGCUGCGGUAUAGCUACCGCAACCAGCCGUCAAUCAUUUGGUGGAAUCUCGUGCGGCUGGGCGAGUCUCUUGGAGAGCUCAUUGGGGCUGGUCCCAAAGUUGACGAUGCUACAUUUGUCGAAAAGGGCAUCGAAGAGGAGUUGGUAGAAGAGCUCACGCAAAGGGCUGAAAAGGUCAUUAUGCAGGUUGGCGAGGAAUUUAAGCACGUCUUUCUGCAAGAGUACAAGCGCCUCAUGACCGCUCGUCUCGGCCUGAAGAACUUCAAAGAAAGCGAUUUCGACGUGCUAUUCUCCUCGCUCCUGGACACGAUGGAGGCACUAGAGCUAGACUUCAACCUGUUCUUCAGACGGCUGAGCGGUCUCAAGGUUGCACACUUGGAUACACAGGAGAGCAGAGAGGUCAAGGCUGGCGUCUUCUUUUACAAGGACGGCGCGGGCGUGUCAGCGCCCAGCGAGGAGGAAGGCCGGAAACGCGUCGGAGAGUGGCUGGGCAAGUGGCGGGAACGUGCCAUUGAGGACUGGGGCGAGUCGGACGCUGCAGACGAGGAGCGAAGGGCGGCCAUGAAAAAGGUCAACCCAAGCUUCAUCGCCCGCGGUUGGAUCUUGGACGAAGUGAUCAAGAGGGUAGAAAAGGAUGGCGAACGGGAAGUCCUCGAUCGCAUCAUGUGGAUAGCGCAGCAUCCUUUCGAAGAUAGCUGGGCUGGCAAGACUCUUGACGGAGUGGAUUACAAAGGUGAUAAAGAGGAGGAGACGAGAUGGAUUACUGAAGUCCCCAAGGCAAAGAGAGCACUUCAAUGUAGCUGUAGUUCAUAG